AAGAGGGUUCCCACGCACCAAGGACUCCCAAUUGCAAGUUGCUGAAGGUAAAAAUAUGACUCAGCGCCACCCAUCGACCCGGCACCACAACAUGUACAACAAAUUCUAUAUCACGCUCGAAACAUUAGAAUCUUGUCCUCAGCGAGGUGCUUGUCGUACGUAGACUCAUACAACGAGGAUGAACCAUGUAUCCAGUAGACAUCAAUUCUCUGGAUAUGUUAGUUGUUUGUGCAUCAAGCCUCGUCCGUGCUUGUGUCCGCCCCAUGUCAAAUCCCAUCCAUGCUUUGUUAGUGCCGUGUCAAGCCUCACCCAUGCCGCGUCACGACCGCGUCGACGAUUCCAGUAUCCUAAUCAUAUCGCAUGGCUCUGCGCUUGGUUAAAUAGCUAUUCUGAUGCAUAUAUUGUAUCAGAAAACCUAUUACAUCUUUUCGCCAUGCAAUCCGAGUCUGUUCUAACUUUUGGCUCAGUAUGUCUGUCCAUUUGUUCAACCUGUUUUGUUGUGCACCACCUAACUUAUAGCUAAAAAAAGAGGGUGAUUUAAACGAUGCAUAAGUGCUUGGGUCCGGUUGUUGUCAUUGCGUUGUAUUGCACAGUCGAAUUAGUGUUCGAAACAUGGUGGUAAAUUAAUGAAGGAGUAAUAUGGGAAGCCCCUCAUAAGUAAUUCACGUCAAGCCACACGACGACAGGAAGAAUAGGGAACGCACGGUAGUCGUGAUUGAUGUAAGCCAGCUGGAGCUGUGGUGCUUUUUAAUACCAAAGACUAAAGCUGCGAACAAGCUUGACGAAGUUUGACGCGUGACACCGCGUCAAUGUGCGUCACGACCGCGGCAGUAGCGCGUCAAAAUAGCUACGCCCCUCCAAGUCGUACUAGUACUGGCAAUGAUCCAUGGUCCUAG